AUGGGUAUUCCUGAAGCAAAAAACAACUUGUUUACACUCCGCUUUGCUGACGACCAGAUAGUCAUAGCGCAAGAUAAUGAUGACUUGGAGUAUAUGGCUCGCAUAUUAAUCGAAGAAUAUAAGAAAUGGGGUUUGGAAGUCAACAUAGAGAAAACAAGAUACAUGAACAUCGGAGGUUUAGAAAUCUCAGAUGAUGGUAGAUUAGACCAAGCUAUCAAGAAGAGGAAUUCACUAGGAAGAAGAGCUAUCACGCGACUGAACAGCAUAAUAUGGGACCAACACAUAUCAAAGUCGAACAAGCACAGGAUAUACAAUACAACAAUAAAAAGUAUUGUAACAUAUGGAAGUGAGGUAUGGCAACUGAAAGCGUCAGCAGAAAAAACCCUCGAAGCAACAGAAAUGGAUUUCUGGAGGCGUGCAGCAGGAAGAUCAAAGUUGGAGAGAUUCACAAACAAUAGAAUAAGGGAAAUUAUGGGGGUUACUCAUACAAUAACACAAGACAUUAAGAUCAAUCAGCUCAGAUGGUAUGGACAUGUGCGAAGAAUGGAGGACCAACGCCUGCCGAAGCAAAUCCUUGAUUGGACACCUCAAGGAAGAAGAAAAAAAAGACGCCCUAGAAAGAGCUGGAGAGAAGGAUUUAAUAGAGAGAUAAGGGAGAGAGAAUUAGAUGAGGAUCUGUGGAUGGAUAGGGGAUAG